UCGAGGGAUCUGUUCAAAUCAUUGUGGAUGGCGAGAAGUCCAUUGCAUAUGCAUUCAACACUUACACAUACGAUGAACAUUUUAAAGUUAAUUAUCAGAAAUAAUCACAACAAUGAAAACUUAGCGAAUGCUGGCUAUCCCAAGGAGGAUUGUGCUUGUGUUGAAUGCAAAAAAAACUGAUACCAAAGUGAGUUCAAUGUUUGACAUUCAGUAUGAUGCCAAGAGUAUGAAGAUAAGUUUGACUGCCUCCAGACAGUUUGUGUUGGGCACAACCAUUGAACUUAAUGCUGGAGUUCAGCAUACAAUCCCAUUCAUCAAGAAGCUUGGAGUCCCCUUCAGUGUCAAGGCUGAAUGCAAUGGAGUGCUGAGGGACUCUGACUUGGAUGGAUCUUUGAAGCUACACUAUGAGCCAACAGCCAAUCUGAUACUACAUGUGGAGGGGAAGAAUCAACAAAACGAUAAAGAGUUGAAGCUGAUAGUAUUGCAGAAUCUUCCUGUCCUUAGUAAUCUUCCUGAGGCAGUGGAAAUAGAGCCAAAGGUUAAUUAUUCUUCAAACAUGAUAAAAGGAUCUCUGAAUAUAUUAGUGGAUAAGAGCAGAUUGAAUGCUUUCACCAUUUUAAUGAUCAGUGAAUCUGGUUAUGGUGAGGUUUUGGAGAUAACUCACACAUUUCCACAGUUGAAAAUAAUUCCUGAGAAGCUGGUGUGUAACACAGAUUACCAGAAGGAUGGCUACAUCUACAGGCUCAGUCACACUUCCAUUUGUGAAGACAAAGAGCUGAGGUUUUUAGGAAACUACAGUGGACCUUUCCCAAAGAUAUUUGGACGCCAUGAAAUUCAUGUGGAGUUUAUCCAUCCAUUUGCCAUCCCAUUACCUCAACAGUCACAAGUCCGGAUGAGUCUUUCGCAUUCCCUCCUCAGUCAUCAGGAUGACAUUGUAAUCAACUGGGACAAGAAAGAUCAGGUGGUUCUUCAAGCCUCUCUGACUUUGGAUAAUGAUCGUCUGGAAAGUAAAGCCAACCUUCAACACCCCUUCAAAUUUGCCUUGGAAAAGUUCCAGCUAAAGUGUCUUUCUGAAAGAAGAGAACAGAAAUACAAUCAGAAGGCUCAUGUUGCCUGGAAUGGAGGCCAACCAAUUGAUCUGAAAUUUACCCUGGAAUACAAGAUGGAAGGCAAUUUAACUGUAUGGGACACUUGCCUGGACUUUUCCUCAGGCCAGCUGCAGCCAUUGCUAAUGAUACAAUCUUUGCAUGGUUGUGGAUUUGCCAAACAUACACAGAACCUUUUGACUGAAAGUUUGGAACUAUAUUGGGAUGACAAAAAGAUCAAUCAAAGCUUUGAGCAUCAGAAUAACAGACCAAUGAGAUUGGACAACAUCUGGAUUGCUGCCACCUUCUCAAAUAUUUUCCAGUCAUCUUGUGGCAGGCAGGACAUACUUGGUAGAAUCCAAACUGAUUACCACAGCCAGCUGAACCAUUACCUGAAAGUGGCCUUCUGUAACAUGUCAAACUCCAUCAAAUUAUCAGGAAGGCAUCAGCGAAAUAGAGGAGAAGUUGUUUUGUCAUCCCAAACCCGAGCCAGUCUCUCCAGUGAUGAGAAACAUGAUGUGGUACUGGGGAUGUCACUGAGGAAUGGUGGGCAGCCUGACUCAAAGAACUACUCUCUUGAAAUGGAGUGGAAGGCUUCUGAAACCAGUCAUCUAGGCCUGUUGGGCACUUACACUGCCUCUGCCCUCAACAGUAAAGCAGUACUGGAAGGAAUAAUCGAUCAUAGAGAGAAAAUUAAACUAAUUACCAUAUUCAAGAAGGGUUGCCAGCAGUACUACACUGGAUACACUAGUGGUGGGUCAGACGAAGAAGGAGUAGAAUUGGCAUUUUGCUCCAAAGAAGAUGGAAAUGCUAAAGCGGAAUUGUAUCACACCCUGAACCAGAUUAGGAAAGGAAAGCUGGGACACCUCUCGGUCGUAGUUGUCAACAAAAGUAUGCAGAGUGUACUCAGAGUAACAGCUCAAGGCUGUGGACACCUCAUCACCAGGACAGAGAACAAACUUUCAGAAAUUGUUUUCCAAUUUAAGAACCACUUGUUGAAAAAACUCAAAGAAUUUGACCUACAUGUUUGGAAAUUCAGGAAAAAUUUUCAAGAUGCUGACUUCCUGUAUGAUACGUGUGGUUGGAUGCUAAAGCUAUCACAGAAAACAGCAGAUGUUAUCAAGAAUAGCGGUAGAUCACUUCGUCAGUUAUGGAAGCUGAGCAGACUGAGACAGCUAUUGCUCCAUGUUGUUCCAUUGUACCUCGCAAAGAUUCAAGAAACAUUACAGCAGUUACAAAGAGAACUAAAAAAGCCUAUAGCUACUCUGAAGGAGGCUUACCAUGAUGUGACACUGAAGGAACUAGACCAAGAAUGGAACCAGAAAAUUGAAGAAUACCUGGAGAAAAUUCAGUCUUUUGUACCCACAGUGGUUCAGGAUACGUGGCUGCUGGAAAAACUGCAAAGAGUGCUUGAUAUUACCAAGCAAGCAUUUGAUUUGGCAACAAACCAAACAGUGAACUGGGCAGAGGCAAAAAUCACCAAAGCUACAAGCAGGAUCCAAAAGCCACUUGCAAAUUUCUACAAACACUCGUCAGAAGAUUGCUCUGUCGUGGUGAAUGUGCCUUUGUGGCCCUUGGGGAAGCAACUGUUUGAUGUGGCUAAUAUUACCAACUACCUUGUUGAAACCAAGCUGAUAAAGGCACUAAGGAGCCUGUACAACAUAAACUUAGUAGCAGAAUAUUACAAACUUAAACGCAGGAUAAUGGACACCCCUUUCGAACAUCAAGCCCUGCUCAUUGGAAGCAAACAUUACGUGACAUUUGAUGGGAGGAUGUAUGACUUUGCCAGCAAGUGCAGCUUUCUUUUAGCUAAGGAUUUCCAGAGGGACACAUUCACUGUGUUACUGAACCACGAGAAUGAUGGCAGAAACUCGCUUCAUGUGGAAAUGAAUCAGACCACCAUUGAUAUUUACCCAGGAGUAAAGGUUGAAGAGAAUUGCAAAGCCGGUGAACUGCCUCUGGUGAAGAAUGGAGUGACAGUCAAAAGGGAUCUUAAUGAAGUCAAGGUGUCAGAUCAAAAUGGAGUUACUGUAUCGUGCGAUAUGCAACAUGAAUUCUGCAGUCUAACUCUUCCUGGAUGGUAUCAUGGUAUAUCAGCUGGUCUAUUUGGAACUAAUGAUAAUGAAGCUGGAAAUGAGUUCACUCUACCCAACCAUUCACAGGCAGAGAAUGUGCAAGAGUUUGCAGAGGAGUGGCAGAUUGAUGCAGUGUGCCACACUACAGACAAGAAGAUUAAGCAGUGUUUUGGCAGUGCCUUUCAAUACUUCUGCAAAACCUUAUUCAAAGGCACCUAUUCACCUCUCAGAAACUGUUUCAAAGUGGUAGAUCCAGCACCGUUCUAUGACAUGUGCCUGAACGAUGUGUGUGAAUCCUCGGAUCUUCGGCCGGGCUGUAGCCUAGCAGCUGCCUUUGUCCAUUUGUGCAACCGGAAUUUUGUUCCUCUGCAAGUUCCAUCACAGUGUGUGGCUGGAAAAGACAGUGAAAGUGUGCUAAACGAUGAUGUGGUAAAUAGUAGACAAUGGCUGACUAUGAAACUAGCAGACGUUCUCUUUAUUAUUGAAGAAAGAGACUGCAAUAAGCCUGUUAUUGCAAAACUUCCUUCACUUAUUAAUUCAUUGGUUGAAACCUUCAAGAAACAAGGACUUUCAGAUGUAAAAUUUGGUUUCAUUGGCUUUGGUGAUGAUGGAAUACAUGAGCAGCACCUCCUCACAGUGAAAAGUGAUAACACAACCUCCCCACCAUGGUACUUGGAAAAAGAGCUGAGUAAUCUGAUGUUCACCCACAAUCUCACCCUCAACGUGCCAGCUGCUGUGAAACUGGUAGCUCAGUGGCCUUUCCGCAGUGAAGCAAGCAAGAGUGCCAUUCUUCUGACUUGUUCCAGAUGUCAUCAAAAUUACAAGGCAUCUGGGGAUACUUUGCAGAACAUGCUAACAUCGUCUGGGGUUGUACUACAUGUUCUAAAGGACAUGAGGUUUCAGAUGAAGAAUGGAGAGGGUGAUGCCAGUAUUGCGGGCUUAGACAGCACCAAUCUCUUCCGAGUCAGCAGUACUGGCUACAGUAAGAAUCGGUCAUUUAAAGCAUUACGCCAUCACAUUGUGUUGCCUUCUGAGGAUGUGUGCCUGGCUGCAGCAAUCAAAUCAGGAGGAGCAAUAUUUGAUUCUUCACAGUUCCUCAGACAAAGCAAGCACUUCCUCCAUUUGUUUAGCUGCCAAGUCACUAGAAUGUAUAAAACUGGCACAUGUGAGAGCGGCCAGUCCAUUACAGACUGAACUGGCUUCAUUUGGUACAGGCGACCCCUGCGUUAUAGCCGUUCAAGUUAGAGAAAUUCGCCCUUACAGAAUUCACAAAUCACUACCCAAAAAGUUGAGAUACAGAAUAAAAUUUGCUGUCACAUAAA